AUGGCUCAGAGUGACUUCCUCUACCCACAAAACCCACGGAGGCGACAGGAAGUGAACCGCCUUCACCAGCAGCUGCUGGGCUGCUUGUCUGACAGCUUCCAGGUCACCAACAAGCUCACAGGGGUUCUCAACACCCACUUGGGUUGCAGGCUGGCCUUCAUUGAAAUGAAAAGCGAUGGGACCAUCAAAGACAACUGUGACAUCAUUAUCCAAGCCAUGACAAAAAUCCAAAAGGAACUGCAAAAGGUUGACGAGGCUCUGAAAGACAAACUAGAGCCAACCCUUUAUAGGAAGCUGCAGGAUCUUAAGGAAGGGGAGACAGAGAAGAUUGCCAUCGUGCAGAAGGUCAUUUCUGUCAUCCUGGGAGAAGCUACCUCUGCAGCCAGUGCAGUGGCUGUUAAACUGGUGGGCUCCAGUGUCACAACUGGCAUCAUUAGCAAGCUGGUCUCUGUGCUAGCUCACAUCGGGACUUCUCUCCUGGGAAGCAUUGGAGUUGCGGUGCUCAGCCUGGGCAUAGAUAUGAUCAUUCAAGCCAUCUUGGGAGCAGUGGAGAGAACGCAGCUCCAGGCAGCCAUCAGAAGUUAUGAGAAGCAUCUGGAGGAGUUCAAGGCUGCCUCAGAACAGUACCAUCAUGCUAUCACUGAGGUCACCACUGCUGUGAAGCGCCAGUUAAGAUGAACAGUCAGGUCUCUACACUGGGAGAGUUCUGUGCUUCCCUCUCUAGCACCAUGUUUUUUUCCUUAGGUUAAUUUUCCCUAUCUCCCACAAUGUGGAUACAGAUAAACGAUUUGGGAUGCUUGGGUCUUGGAUAAAAAAUGAGGGUCCAAACCAUCUGUACUAUACCCUCAGAGGAUACAACUCUUUUCUUACCCUGUUGUCAGAACUACUGAGAUGUAAAGGCAUCAUAGACCAGCAGGCACAGGCUAUUGCUUCCUUGAUCCCAGGCAAUGUCUUCAAACAUUCCUGCUAAAUAGAGAGAGCAUCCCCAUUACCUGUUUCAAGCAUCACUUAUGUCUAAGAAGACAUACUUAAUAACAUCUGACCAGACAUAAACCUGUGGUCCAGUAAAAUAGACAUACUUGUAUUAUUUUUACCCCCAGAUUAAAAACAAUUGUCUGUAAACUGGAAUAGACUACAAAACCUUAUCAACAUUUUCUUCCACCAGAUUAAAUACAAUUGUCUGCAAUCUGGAAAUGAAGGCAAAACAACAUCAAGAACAUUGUCUUCAAGAAUGAAAGGAAGCAAUGCGUCUGUGAGCUUCUACUUAUUACAAAGUGUGUCUGGGUGGGUUUGGAAAAGGAUCAGAUAAUAAAAGUUGAGUCUGUAAUGCAGUUAAUAUGGACCACCUAUCUGUCAUCUAUCACUUCAGUGGUUGAACACUGUAGAGCGCUGUAACAAACAAGGAAUAAACCUGUGAUCCCUGCAUAAAACACGUUAGAGUGAGAAACAAGACUCACUCCCCUUUAAGAAUUUGUUGAUUGGCGGAAAGUAAUUAAUUUUUCGGGGGUAUAAUUUUAUUUUCAAUACCACUAGAAAGAGACAGCUCAUUCUGCCCCAGAAAGCAUUUCAGGCCUCUGUUAAUUGACACCUGAAAUCAGAAAAAGGAGAAGCUAUGGUAGUCUAUUGAUUGAACUUAACUUCUGUAGAUAGAGCAUUUGUUUUCUAAACCCUUCAUCUGACUUGUUCUCAGCGAGCCAUUCUUAGUGUCUACUUCAAAAAUCAUUAUAUGUAAUGAUGCUGAGAAUCAGCAUUUUGAGAAUGAGAAUUUUUUUAAGCAUAAAAAAGUACAUAGGAAUAAAAUACUCAGUAUAUCAAAAAAAACCUCUUACAAACAUGAAAAACUGUAAAUAGCCAUAUGCGUUUUUAAAAUUUAUUAAUUACUAUGUUACCACUGUUUUUAUAAAUUAGUGUCAAAAUAAUACAAUUUGGGUCACCUUCAAAAUUUAUUACCUGGUUUGUAUAUUUUGAACUAAUAGAUCUUGCUUUUUCUGACACUCAAAAGAGUUAUCAAAACAGGAAUUUAAUGACACACCCAGGC